CAUGCCCAACUCCUCAGGUCUCUAGUUAUUCCCGAGUGGUCCUCAGAUGUGCGACUGGAAGGGAAGACAGCUAUAAUAACAGGGGCCAAUGUUGGAAUAGGCAAAGAGACAGCGAAAGACCUGGCAGGCAGAGGUGUUCGGGUGAUUUUGGCAUGCAGAGACAUGGCAAAGGGGGAGCAAGCUGCUCGUGACAUCAUGAGGGAGGUAAAAGGAGCCAAAGUAGUCGCCAGGCAACUGGAUCUGGCUGACACCAAAUCUAUCUGCCAGUUUGCUGAGAAUAUCUACAACGAUGAGAAGGCUCUUCACUAUCUGAUCAACAAUGCAGGUGUGGCUAUGUGCCCUUACACCACCACAGUGGAUGGAUAUGAGAUGCAGUUUGGAGUCAAUCACUUGGGUCAUUUCUUCUUGACCUUUCUGUUACUGGACUUGCUGAAGCACUCUGCGCCUUCUCGGGUCAUCAACUUGUCCUCGAUAGCUCACACUAUGGGAAAGAUCCAGUUUGAUGACCUGAGCGGCGAGAAAGAAUACCACCCUGUCAGGGCCUACGCUCAGAGCAAGCUGGCCAACAUCCUGUUUACCAGAGAGCUGGCCAAAAGGAUUGAGGCUCACGGCGUGACGGCUUACUCUGUGGACCCCGGCAUGGUGAACACUGAGAUCAUGAGGCACCUGGGGAACCCUCUCGUGAGCAUAUCCAAGACAAUUGCUUUCAUGCUCAAGACCCCAGCAGAGGGAGCCUACACCACCAUCUACUGUGCCAUCACUCCUGAGCACCAGCUGGUCACCGGAGGAUAUUACAAGGACUGUGCCAGUGCAGAGACCUCAAGGGCGGGUCAGGACGAUGGCACGGCCUUAAAGCUGUGGGCUGUGAGCUGCCAGCAACUCGGCAUCCGCUGGAGAUAA